AUGAAGCCCCACACACUAGCGUCAAACCUAAUUGCAGCGGCUCGUCUGGGUGAUAUUGGUGCACUGAAGAAUGCGCUACCGAACGAGGUCGGAAAGCUGGGCCCAGACGGCCUUUCUGCGCUCCACGUGGCCAUCUUGGCUAAUCACGAGGAAUGCUGCUUUCUACUCGCCCCUUAUGAGGCUCUUAUAUGUACUAAAGAUGGCGUGAGUCCUCUUGUGCUUGCCAUCCGGGUGGGGAACGAGAUUUUGGUAGAAAUGUUGUUAGAAUUUUGUGAGGACACAGAAACGCAAGGUACGCUUUCGUUGCUGGAUGAGGCUGUUCUCUGUGAUAAUUUGGGCAUACUCAGGCUGCUUCUUACUCGAGACUUUACAAUGGAGCAAGUUCUGCAAGCGUUGAGAACCGCACAUAAAGGGACUUCUUACGACAGUGUGCAUACAAUACUAUCUGACUACCUACUCACACACUGGGGAGAUGCUCACACUGCUAAGAAUAAAACCCUCCGCGUGCCACCUGAACCCAAUGCCAAGGUCAAUCAUACGACAUCUACAAAAGAGGUAAUGAGAAACACAGCCCCGCUGAGUAUUUCUCAGCUACAGCAGAAUCUACCGGAGGAAUCUGUCGCUGCAACAUCGCAGACAGACAUGGGGCAUUCGGACACGAAUCGCACAGUCACCAAAACCGCCGAAAGAUCAAGCGCUCCCCAUUUACCAACAGAGGAGAGCUUGAGAAAAAUGUCAAAGGAACAUUUAAUAGGCCUUUGCCAACAGUUGCAAGAAGAGCUCAAGGUCACUACCAUGGAAGCUGACCGGUUGGAACGGAUCCUGGCCGAAGUUAACAAUGCAGAAACAAGCAUGCUGCAAGCUUCUCGCGCACUAUUGUCUCCGGUUAGAUCGGCUGCUCAGCCAAGUCCUCAAACUAAGACAACCGGGACAAGUCCGGUACCCGGGGCAAAGGAUGUCGGAGAAGCAGAGCUAGUGUCACUAGAGUCUUACAAGCAAUUGCAAAAUGUUCUAAUGGAUCUGCAGAUCACAUUCGAAGGAAUGCAGAGAAGAAUGACUGAGGUUGAACUGGCAUACACACAAGAAAAAAGAAACUCAAGGGAGCUAAGGGAGAAAUUGAGAGAGAGGUUGAAGGACAAGCCUAUCAGCGCGCAGCCCCACAAUAUCUUGGUUCAGAGACGGCCAACUAGUGCCCAGGCCUCUCAUGCAACGCAAUCAUCACACGCAUCGCAGCUUCGAGCAAGCUCUCUUAAGAAGGGACUUCCUACCCCAACAUCCAUCGCCAUUCGUUUAGCAGCGCCAACCGCUGCGAGAUCGAAAGAGUCAGAAAUAGAGAGACUGAGGAUGGAAAUCAUAUCAAAGAACACGGAAAUACUCAGUAUCCAGGCACAAAUACACAGCCUGGAGCAUGCGUCACUGCAUACCUAUGGAGCCGUGCAAGAUAAGAAUCUUAUCAUAGAGGCCAGAGAGCGCUUAGAGAGAGCUAAGCACCGUUCGCGCGUCGCACAAGUGCAGUUGGAUAAGCUGCUUAUGAGCAGCAGUCAUGCAACCCCACAACGACUUAGGGCUCAUGCGUGA